AUGGAAAAGACUGCCGAUUUCCGUCUCGGCUCUGGCUCCGAGUCGCCAGAGAACAUCCCAAUUGACUACAGUGAAGCCAACAAGGUUGAGGCCCGACGAGGCUCCAAGAUCAACGAAGCCACCGAUGUCUUUGGCGACAUCGCCACUGCUGAAGAAUAUGGCUAUGUCUCGCGAGGUCUCAAAUCCCGUCACAUCCAGUUCAUUGCUCUGGGUGGCACCAUUGGAACUGGUCUGUUCUUGGGUAUUGGCCGUGCUUUCCUGCAAGCCGGCCCGUUGUCAGUCCUGCUCGGUUAUACAUUCACUGGUCUGGCCGUCUUCGCCAUGAUGAUGUCUCUCGGUGAGAUGGCCACAUGGCUUCCUCUCCCCGGUGCCAUUCCACAAUUCUGCGCUCGUUAUGUCGACGAUGCCAUGGGUUUUGCUGUUGGCUGGAAUAACUGGUACUCCUGCGCCAUCACCCUCUGCGCUGAAAUCUCUGCGGCAUCGAGCGUCAUUCAGUUCUGGCCCGGCGCCCGAGACGUCAACGUAGCAGCAUGGAUCUCGAUCGUUGUGGUGCUAGUCCUAGGCCUCAACAUUUUCGCCGUCGCCAUUUAUGGUGAGGCCGAAUUCAUUUUCGCAUCCAUCAAGAUUGUCACCAUUGUCGGCCUGCUCAUCCUCGCCCUCAUCAUUGAUGUGGGUGGCGUCCCAGGGCAACACCGUCUCGGCUUCCAGUACUGGAACAAUCCCGGUGCUAUGAAAGCAUACAUAGCUUCCGGCAGCACUGGUCGUUUCCUUGGUCUCUGGUCCACUCUGGUCAACGCCGCUUUCUCUUAUGGUGGUGUCGAAAUGGUGGCCGUCGCUGCCGGUGAGGCUGAGGAUCCACGACGAAACAUCCCCAAGGCCGUGCGCCGAGUGUUCUGGCGUAUCCUCUUUUUCUACAUCCUGGGCUCGUUGGCAAUUGGUGUUUUGGUCCCUUACAACGACCCCAAUCUCCUGAAUGCUCGCGAAGAGGAUGCCCCUGGUGCCGCUCAAUCACCCUGGGUUAUCGCCAUCAACCGUGCCGGAAUCGAUACCCUUCCAUCCAUCAUUAACGCUGUCAUCUUGACAUCUGCUUCUUCUUCAGCCAACGCCUUCUUGUACACCGGCUCUCGAUAUCUUUACGGCAUUGCGCAAAUCCGCCAAGCACCCAGAUUCCUGCUCAAGUGCACAAAGACCGGUGUCCCCGUGUGGUGCGUGCUGGUCACCUGGUCAAUCUCACUCCUCACCUACAUGUCUUGCUCCUCCGGCUCGAACACUGUUUUCACGUGGUUCCAAAACUUGACCACCAUUUCCACCCUCUUCACCUGGGUCAGCAUUUGCAUUGCUUACCUCCGCUUUUACUAUGCCUGUGGAGCCCAGGGCAUCAACCGCAACGAGUUGCCUUUCAAGUCUCCCUUCCAACCGUACCUCAGCUACGCAUCCGCCGUCUUCUUCGGUCUGAUCAUCUUCUUCAAUGGCUUCGAUUCGAUUGCCGGCACCUGGGAUUACCAGGCUUUCAUCACCGACUAUAUCGGCGUACCCAUCUAUUUCGGACUGUAUUUGUUCUGGAGAAUCUUCAAGCGCACGCACUUCCGCAAGGCGUCCGAAGCCGAUCUGUACACGGGCAAGGCUGCGCUGGAUGCCAUAGUGUGGCCCGAGCGUAAGCCGAGAAAUAUCUUGGAGAGGAUCUGGUUCUGGAUUGCAUAA